AUGCAUUCUCUUCAUUUUCUCUUGGCUCUCAGUGCAUUAGCAGCUCCAUGUCUAUCAGCGUCCUUCAACCCAUUGGAGCACUUGGCUGGCAUCUCCCCCUACUUCACAUCUCAAGAUCCUCCUCUCAAUCCAUCGCCCCCUCAAGGAUGCAAAGUGACUCGUGCUGCUUAUCUCAUCCGUCAUGCCGCCAUUUACGCCAAUGACUUUGACUACGAAACGUACAUUGAGCCCUUUGUGGAGAAGUUGCACAAUACAUCGCAAAAUUGGUCCUCGACGACUGAUCUGCAGUUUUUGAGUAACUGGACUGCACCUAUUGAUGAGGAGCAUCUUGAGAAAAUUACGCGCGUUGGAAUGCAAGAGGCUAUGACCUUGGGAAAGAGCGUCAAAAAGAGAUAUUCAGACUUGAAAACACCGGCCAAGAUCUGGUCAUCGACGUCGGAGCGAACUGUCAAGACUGCGCAGGGCUUCAUCUCUGGCUAUACAAAUAAUCACACAAGCCGCGUUGAUCUCAAGAAGGUUGAGGAGGGUAAAUCAACAGGCGCUGAUUCGUUGACUCCGUACAAAAGCUGUCCUGCGUAUAGCCCAUCCUAUGGCUCGGAUCAAUCUACGACAUACACAAACCACUACACCAAGCCCAUCAUCGCUCGCCUCCAUGCACAAGCACCGGCGUUCAACUUUACUAAAACCGACAUCGCCGCCAUGUUUCAGCUAUGCGGGUAUGAAACUGUCAUCCGCGGCUCAUCGCCUUUCUGCUCUCGAGAUCUCUUCACGCAGAAUGAAUGGCUGUCUUUUGAAUAUGCAAACGACAUUAUGUACUUCUACAACACGGGCUAUGGACGUGACCUCUCACCGAGUCUUGGAUAUCCAUGGAUAAAUGCUAGUGUUGCUGCACUUAGUAGCCCAUCGCCUUCGCAACAUUUAUACGUUUCCUUUACGCAUCGCGAACUUCCGCCGACAGUAAUAACUGCGCUGGGUUUAUUCAACAACAGCGCCUACACCAAUUCCAACAAUAUCAACGCUACCAUGCCGCUGGAUAAGGUCAACUAUCACCGCGCGUGGAAAAGCAGUACCAUCCUCCCAUUCUUGACAAACAUCGCCAUCGAACGAAUGUCCUGUAACAACUACGGAUACGACCAAGGGGACUACUACCGACUUCUUCUGAAUGAAGGCCCACAGCCCCUUGUAGAUUGUCAAGACGGGCCUGGGCAAAGUUGUUCUUCUCGGCGGUUUUUGGAUUUUGUGGAGGAGCGAGGGGAGCUGUAUGGGGACUUCGACGGGGAGUGUGGGGGGAAUGGCGGGUUGACCGACUCUUUGACGAUUUAUGAUUGA